CGCCGCAGCCCCCGCCCCGCCCGCCCCGCCCCGGCCGAGAGGCGGUACCGCCCCGGAUGGCGCUGCGGGAGCCGCGAGGGAUGGAGGCGGCGGGGCUGACGGUGAAGCUGCUGCUCGUCGGGGACAGCGCGGUGGGCAAAUCCAGCCUUCUGCUGAGGUUCACUGGCGGCGCCUUCGAUCCCAGCCAGAAGCCCACCAUCGGUGUUGAUUUUAAAGUGAAGAAAAUGGUGAUAGAUGGGCACGCGGUGCAGCUGGCUAUAUGGGACACAGCAGGACAGGAGCGCUUUAGAACACUGACUCCCAGUUAUUACCGAGGAGCUCAAGGGGUUAUUUUAGUUUACGAUGUUACAAGAAAAGACACUUUCGCAGGACUGGAGAGCUGGCUGAACGAGCUGGAGGUGUAUACCACCAAAAGCAACACUGUGAAGAUGUUAGUUGGCAAUAAAACCGAUAAGCCUGAUCGUGAAGUAGAGAGAAAAGAAGGACUCCAGUUUGCUAGGAAGCGCUCGCUGCUUUUUAUGGAAACCAGUGCCAAGACACAGGAUGGAGUGCAACUUGCCUUUGAGGAACUCGUCGUAAAGAUCCUGCAGACCCCAGAUCUUUGGGACAAAGGCACAGAGAAGCGAGGAGUUGAGCUGACGGGAUCUUCAGCACAGCGGAAUAAGAGCUUAUGCGGUGGAUUCUGUCCGCUUUCUUAAAUCCCCAGUGGCCGCUCUGCCUGAAACGAGUGCACUUCUUUUUUAAGGAACCAGGAUGGGGGGAUUCUAAACACUCCUCUGUGCCUUGUUUGACCCAGCGCUGGUUGUGUGGAUCCAAACCCCAACCUUUUUAGCUAUUUUUAGCAAAAUACACAUUGUAUUCCUUAACAAAAUAGAGUUUCUCCUUCUCUUAUGCACUUUUAUCUCCAGAUCUUUUUCUGGUACCUUUUACUGUUAAAUCAUAGCGCUUCUUGGGAGUCUUGUGCUUUCGCUGUACGGCGUUCGACACAGCCUUUUUCUGAACUGACCGAGUGCGGAAAGGAGAAAGGUGGUGGGUUUUUAUAAUACGUAUAUAAAUAUAGACACAAAUAUGGGUAAUGAAUAAGGCAACAUCACUGUGCGAGGCAGCCCAGCAACGAUUCCUGUUAGGAUGACGUUAUGGGCUCGUUUUCUCUUGCACAGGAGGAUCCGAAGUGCCAUGGCCUGAUUUAAGAUGGAAAGAGUCAGAAGAGAUGGGAAGAAGCUGUGGGAAUGAGCGGAGAAGGUUACUGCUUCUGUCGCAGGUGGAAGGCAGGCGUGUGCGUGCGUGUUUUGAGGAGGGUAUUGCAAAGCGUUAUGGGAUGGAUCCACAGUUUAGAGACGUAGAACUAUAGCUGUCAGCAUUUCAUUUCCACUCGUGUUUCUGAAAAGCUGAACGGCCCCACAUAGAAUUGUACCCGCAGAGGGGCUCCUGUAGAAGAGUGUAUGAGGAAACGUGUCGGCUUCAGAUGGGACCACCUUGAAGAAGGAACCAAAUUAUAGCACCUCCCGGGCUGCAGUGCCUUCCUGCCUCACUUCCCAAAGAGUUAAACGCCUUAAGAGUUCUCUUCUGCUGUUAUUUUUAGCAUUCAACUGCAUUCUCACCCUCGGGCUCACUGUAGCUCUGUCUGCUGGAAUAUCCUUAUAGACUUCUGCCUUCAGUCCUUUGUGGAUACAAAACUUGUUUCACACUAAGUGAACCACUUUUUGGAGAUUUAAACCCUUUGCAUUGUGUAUAAAAUGUUUCUGCUGAGAUGUCUUUAUGUUGCAUUCUUCUUCCAGAGCUUCCAUUAGGCACUGCCACCUUGUGCAAAGUCAACGUCCAAUUACAGGAUUCGCUGAAAGGUUGGAGUGUGUGUGUGUGUGUAAGGGGGUCGGUGACAGGAGUCUGACCGUGGCCUUUUGCAACUAUAUACAGAAUCAUAGAGUAGUUUGUGUUGGAAGGGACCUCAAAGCCCAUCCAGUUCCAACCCCUGCCAUGGGCAGGGACACCUCCCACUGGCUCAGGCUGCCCAAGGCCCAUCCAACCUGGCCUUGAACCCCUCCAGGGAUGGGGCAGCCACCACUGCUCUGGGCAACCUGGGCCAGGGCCUCCCCACCUUCAUUGUGAAGAAAUUCCUCCUUACAUCUGGUCUAAAUAUGCCUCUCUCCAGUUUAUACCUGUUCCCCCUCAUCCUAUCACCACAAGCACUUGUGAACAGCCCCUCUCCAGCUUUCUUGUAGCCCCUUCAGGUACUGGAAGGUCGCUCUAAGGUCUCCUCGGAGCCUUCUCUUUUCCAGGCUGAACAACCCCAACCUCUCUCAUAUGGAAGGUGCUCCAGCCCUUGGAUCAUCCUUGUAGCCUCCUCUGUACCCAUUGCAACAGCUCCAUCUCCUUUUUAUGUUGAGGAUUCCAGAACUGGACACAACCCUUCAGAUGAGGUCUCCCAAGAGAGGAGCAGAGGGGCAGAAUCCCCUUCCUCCCUGCUGGCCACGCUGCUUUGGAUGCAGCCCAGGACACGGUUGGUUUCUGGGCUGAUAGUGCAGAUCGCCGGCUCGUGUUGAGCUUCUCACUGACCAGCACCCCCAAGUACUUCUCUGCAGGGCUGCUCUCAAUAUAUACACUUAUAUAUAUAUAUAUAUGUGCCUUACAAAUAGCAUUUCCUUAGCCAUAAGAUGUGUUUUCACAUGUUCAUUUUUGUUUAUAGCUCAAAUAGAGGCAAGAAGAACAGGAAAAUACUGCACAUACCCGUCAAAAACCUAUUGAAGAGGCUUGUUGGCUGUCAGCCUGCCUAUGAUCAAAAUAAUUCAGAGAUUGCUUGGCAGGGAUGUGCUUUAAUUUUUGUUUUGUAUAAAUAUUUUAUUAUGAAACAAAUUGUGUUGGGAUGGUUUAAAAAUUAUAGCUACGUUGAACUAGAAAAAACUAUACCUUAAAAAAUCUGCGUGUAAUAAGAUAGUGUUCGGUAUUGAGCAAAGGGCAAGAGGGAAGCGUUUUAUAGAACAAGAUUAAGAUGGAAAUUUGGGUUGAAGGGCUGCCUGUGUGAAAGAAACAUGUGUGGUCUUUGUGCUGAGGGCUGA